AUGUCGGCAUCUCGGUGCAGUCAGCUCAAGGAGACAGGAGGAGUAAGAAAGACGACAGAGAAGGAUUCUGGAGUUAAGGCAGGAGGAGAGCAGGGAAGGUGUGGUCACAUUAAACCAGUGGUGGUGGUGUCGGUGAACUAUCCACAGGGCCUGACAAGGGAAGGAGAAGCUCUGGAGUUAAUCUGCAGAGUCAUUGGCAAACCCAGGCCAGAAAAGGUUUCUUGGCAGCGAGUAGACGACGAUCUUCCAGAUAAUGUCAUCAUCGAAGAUGGCAAACUUUACAUCAGCAGCCUAAACAAAACAGAUAAUGGCACAUACCGGUGUGAGGCAUCAAACAUUGUGGGCAGCUCUUCAGCUGAAUAUACACUCUUUGUGUACGAUCCCCCCACUACCCCCCCACUUCCCACAACAACCACCACUACCACCACAACUACCACACCCUCCACCAUCCCAGACGCAAGUGCAACGACAGAGCCUGCGGUUCACGAUACACGAGCAGGAGAAGAGAGCCCCCUUGGUGUAGACCAUGCAGUAAUUGGGGGCGUUGUUGCUGUUGUUGUCUUCGCAAUGCUUUGCCUUCUCAUCAUAUUGGGUCGUUACUUUGCUCGACAUAAAGGAACAUAUUUCACCCAUGAAGCCAAAGGUGCAGACGACGCAGCAGACGCAGACACUGCAAUCAUCAAUGCGGAGGGUGGUCAGAACAACUGUGAAGAGAAGAAGGAAUAUUUUAUCUAGUCUGGCCUUGUUUCUGGGUGUGGGCUCUGCUCAUACUCACCGCCCUAAGGGAGAAGGACCUUCCAGCGUCUUGCAUCUUUUUUUUUUUUUUUAAAUCAUUUGAUUUUGGAGUGGAUGGAGAAGCGGGGUACCCAUCUGGUAUAAAGUAAUUGCCCCACAACACUCUCUGCUUUUGUUUGCCACUUUCCUUUGAUGGGAAUAACAGGAGCUUGAAAUGUUUGUUUUUAUUUUGUUCUGGGGUGGGGGUUGCUAGUAAAAUGUGGAUUCCGGACUCCUCAGUGUUGGAGGGUACUGUAUCUAGAGCUUAUUAAGCCAGAGUUUGUCAAGAUUUUAUCCAGGCUCCUCCAUCACUGAAGAGGCAUAGUUAUCAUCUGCAGACAAUUUGGUGCCUUGCUUGUUUUUUUUUAUUUCACUUUCCCGAGAAGUUCUUGUUUUUCCCAACUGUUUUGUGUCACUUCCUCUUUGGCCCUCUUUAUUUUUUGUCUUGUGCCACUUCUUAAGUUGCUUUUAUUUGUCCAUUUCAUUUCCUGUUGGGGCUGCUUCUUCAUGUCAUCUGCUUCUCAUGGUAACCUUACUGCCUUUUGUCCAUUUUUCAACUUCUUUCGAAUGUUUUCUACUAUUUCCUCUCGUCUUACUUCCUCUUCUGUCUCAUAAGUUCUCCUAUUGGUGUAUAAGUCAUUGUAUCAGUUCAGUACCACAUUCUUAUGCGUUUAUUAUGUGUCCUCAUAUCACAUUCAACAGGGACUGUCCACUCUCUGUAGCUUUCUGCUCAUUUCUAGCUGCUGUUCUAGUAGUAAAUAUCAUGUCACUAAAGUCUGGGGGCACGCUUUAAUUCCUGUCCAUCUUGUGGCAUGCCUGCUUGUCUGUCUGUUGCCCUCUGCUAUGAUCACAUCUUCAUAUGUGUACCUGGUGGUUUUCUUUUGUGUGUCCCUCUUCUGGAUGUCGGACUUGUGAUACAGAGGAGAUAUUCUGCUCUUCUCUGGGAAGUGAAUCUUUUCUCACUUAGUAAACAAUGUAGAGGUUUGCAAAAGAGAGACUUUUGGAGCCAAGUAGGUUUUCGGGGUGUGGAAGCUCCUACCAAUCUCCCCCACCCCACCAAACAUCGGACAGUUGGUGGAAAUACAAGCGGAUGUGCCUUUCUAUUCACAAGUGAACAAGCUGAAGAGGAGGGGAGAGCAUGGGAAAACUUUAUUCUGCUCUGAUAAAUUCCAUUUAAAUCCAUAAUUUCAACUCAUUUCCAGACCUUUCAUUUCUUUUCCUGUGUUUUCUCCAACCUUUCUACCUCCCUCUACUCUUCCUGGUUUCUUUUGGCCUUCCAGCCACCUCCCCAUAACUUUACUUAUGAUUACACAUUUAUUUUUCUCAACCCCUUCUGUUUUAUUUUGUCCUUUAAAUCUUUUUUCUCUCUCAGUGCUGUGUCUUUGUACAAGGCUGUGAUGCAUUAUCCACUAAAAAACAAUUACAGUGCAAGUGAACAAUUGCACCCUCCUACCAUGUGUUUUGUUAUUCUUGGUACUAAGGGUGCAGUUCCACUGACUGUAAAGCAAAGGCAUUCAAUCCUUUGUUACUCUGCUAAGAGCAGUAUGUGUUAUAUAAUCUGUAAUAUUAUUGUGUUGUCUGGAGGGUUCAGUCAAAAGUUGUUAAAGUGUAAAACAAUGAGAAAUGUCAUUGCUGCUAUAGAAGGUGUUAGCAGGGUAAGUGCGUUGCAUUAUUGUCACUCCCACUGUAUAUUGCUGAGUAGAGCUGCACCUAUAUUCUGUCUUAAACAUAUGAAAUGUAGGGGUAAUUUUGAGAUGGCUGCCAAGCUGAUUCCGUGUUUUCCACUGUGUACAUGCCAAGAAAGAGAGCAGAACAAGAUGUUUUACGAUUGAGGUCCCCCUAUCCGUGGUAGAGUUGUACAAGUAGUGGUUGUGCUAACCUGCUACUGUGUGUGUUGCGUGUGCUAUCACAGGAGCCAUUUUCAUGCCUUCAUUCCCAAAGCAAAAUGUUGGACUAAAUAGGAAAUGUUCCUAGUCUGCCUGUGUCCUGUCCAGAUUUACACAAACAACCCUUUUUCUUUUCCCAAUAAAGAUAUCCCUUUUCUGGAUUCUUAGAACUUCUGAACUGUUGGCAAGUACGCCAUGUCUAAGUCUGAUCAACUCCACUAGUCUCCAGUGCUGUAUAAAAUGCGCAUAAAAAGGGCUCACAGCAAAGUAAAGCAUGUUUUUUCACUUUUUUAAAA